AGUCGGCGGUCUCGUGCAGAAGGUGCUGCCGAGCGCGCGUUUCAGUUGACGAAAACGUCCACUCGAAGCGCCACCGCUCCGACUGUGCUAGUGCGGGGUCCCUCAGUUACCCUCAAACCUGUGCUCGUGUCGUGCGUCGUGCGUGUGAGAUGUUUGUGCGGUAGGUUACGUUGCGCUCUCUCGGGCGAAAUGACGUUUUGUCGCUUGUAAAUAUCGCCUCGCGCGCGAACGAGCAGCGAGAGCCACGCUGCCCCGACCCGCUACUAAUCCCCGUGACGCCGACCGGGCCUGAACCCGCUGCCAUCGUAUUCCGCGUUGAUCCAGCCGCGCGCAGCAGCAGCGCGAGAAAUUUGUGCUCCACGCGCCGCGCGACCGAGCGCGCGCGCCCGUUGAGGUUAUGACAAGUGAGUCGAGUUGAGGUCGCGACGUGUGUGUGUGUGUGUGUGUGUGUUGUGUAGCUCUCUCUCGCGCGCAUCGCGCACCUGAUGUUUACCGUCGGACCGUCGAUUUCCCGGCGCAGCGAAGAAUAUGAACGAUUAUUACCGCAUCAGAUAUGACAUCAAUUGGCAUCAGUAAUCAGAAACUACAAUGAGUGGUUUAACCCUUUGUCUAGAAGAUGCGUACCAGCAGGCUCAGGAUAUGAUUAACCAAGCACCCAGAUAUUGGUUGAAGAAUGUUCAAGGUCAGAAUUCAUUGGCCUUAGCGUCUGAUAAAUCUUUAUCUUCUCAGAAAAAGGAACAGAAUCACUCCAGGCAUAGUAUUCAUGCCAAACUUACGAGACUCUAUUUCGAAGAGCUUGCUAAGGUUCCUCAUGCAACCCCAGAUUCAGUCUUGAACAAUCUUGAGAAUGAGUGCGACCUUUUGGGAUUGUUAGUGCGAAGAGAAGGGUUACACACGUUAAUCGUUAAUCUCUAUGCUGGUAAUAAAGGAUACUCAUUAGCUGUAAGGAAUAGUGAUAAGGGGAAUCAAUACGAUAAAAAUUCACUAGCUGAGACACAGCUCAUGGGUUACGAACAGGGUGAACUGCUCUCGUGCAUAGACAAUGGCCAGUUGCCAGCUAUGCUAGCGGAACAACUGGAAUCCAGUCACUCACAUUUAUUUUAUGAUGGCUGUAUAGUAGCUGAAGUUCGAGAUUAUCGAAAGGCAUGUUCUUAUAACAAAGCUGAUGUUCAUCAUAACAAAGCUGAAGUUCAUCAUAACAGAGCUGAAGUUCAUCAUGUACUUCUUAAACCAACGACACAGAGUAUACUCUCAGACGUGUCAACACUUACAAGUGAUGGAGAUUGGAGUCAUGAGGAACGAUUAAUACUGGAGUCACAUCUGCUGGCAGUUACGCAAGGACCUCUAUGCCUGGAUCCAAACCCUAUUCCCACUUUAGCUAGUACAAGACUUAAACAGUCCAAAUCAUUGUUUACAGACCCUCAACUCAUACGACAAGCCAAAAAGUUCUCUCAGGUCACAGUGAAUCGAAAAAGAAAAUUGGAGCAGAUAACACAGUCGGAAGGGCCGACGAUACAGGACUUCAUGCAGAAAAUACGUGCGAAAAGGGGGUUAAAGACAAGCACUGCCUGCGUACCGCCUUCUAUUACAAACCCUUCUCUUACAAACCCUCCUCUGCUUCCACCGAAUACACCAGUCGACGUUUUAAGAUUCGCGAAAGCAUACGAGCGGCCACGAGACACAAAAGACUGUUCGCCACAAGUUAUAGAAGAGUAUAUAUUAGAGGCUCCAGGGAGUCAAGGUGAAAUGGAUCAUAUAAAGCUCUCAAUCCUGCAGAGACCUUCUACUUCUGAGUACCUGGGAGAGCUUUAUAUGGACAAGAAUCAUCGGGAAGGGGAGAAGAACGGUUCUUCUUGCCGGUUUACCUUAGGUACCAGAGCUGUGGCUAAUCAUUAUUAUCAGCAGUUCAAAGAAAUAUUUACGGAGGAGGGUAGGAAAAACGUGGUAAUAAAGCACCUUGUACCUGGGCAAGUACCGCGUACAUGCACUCCUGUUAUGCAACGGGUACAUCAACAGGUGCAACAGGCGAAAGCGGCGCAAUUGGUGGCUCAACAGUUGCAGCAAACUCAAUCCCAGCAUGUAGCACAACAGAUUCUGUCGCGGGCUCAAGGGCAAUUGAACACUUUGGCCGGUCAGGUAGCCUCGAAAGCAAUGACGGAAGCCACCACUUCUGCGCAAAACAACCUGCCGUACGCGGAUACCGCGAAUAUGCCACAAAUCACUACUCAGAACGACGCCACCGCAUUGAGUUCAGGUCAGUCUCUGACCAAUGGCGGGCCAAACGCAUCAACCUCCGUGCAAAUUGAUAAUUCUUCAUUGCCGGUGGCGGAUAACUCCUGCAACGGACCUGGUUUCUUGGUCUUUCAAAAGUCAGCCAAUACUAUUAAUAAUGCAACAUCCACCAGUGUUCCAGUCCUGCAGGCGCAAUUGCAAGCGGGAACGCAGAACUGUAUAGGCGAGACCGCCAAUCAGAACCAAAAUGAGCCGCCAUUCAAGAAACAUACGAAUAAUCCGGCGAUAAGCGCUCUCGUCACUUCCCUCAUGAAUUCUGCGCAACAGUUCCAGCAACAAGCUGCAGCCAACGCCGCGGCCGCUGCUAUGAACAACAAUGCGCAAACUUCAAACAAGUCCAACAACGCCGCGAUUCUUAGUCUAUUAAAUAGCACUCCUGCGAACUUAACACCGCAGAAGCUUCAACCUCGAAGGAUCUCUCUUUCUAAUACUUCCAUCCCAUCUCGAGUUAUUAGUCAUGGCAAUGUGAUUAAUGUGCCCAACACUACCGGCCAAGUACGAGUGAGCCUAAGCUCCACUUUGUCGAGUCAGCUAAGUUCUAAGCAGCAACACGUGAAAGCGACUGCGGUGAGGCUCGCGCGAGUCCAGGAUGUUCCCACGUCGACGCUUGGCUUAUCGAUGCCGGGACUCUCGGCUUUGCUUGCUGGUACACCGUCGGCGGACAAUCCGAUACCCGGGAUAAAUCCCACUUCGUCGCUGCUCGAACGGCUCACCGCUUCUUCCAGUCAGAGCAGUCAACCGGCGAGUCCGAUGACAAGCCCGUCGCCGACGGGUAACGUGAAUCUGCAGGGCGUAAACCUAACUAGUCUGCCGAAUUCUAUCAACGGUCUGCAAAACGUUCAGGUGUCGUUCCCUGGCCUGUCACAGCCCAUCACGAUGUCGUUGAAUGUAUCGGCGACGACCGGUGGCACCGUCACACCCACCGGAGUUAUCGUCUCUCUGCCCAUAUCGUCCGCUACGAACACCUGCACGACAGUCUCGAGCAUGGUUCCCGCGACUGUCGUGACGACGGCCAUCGCUGGCAGCACGCCAACAGUAGUGAUCGCCAAUCCUGCCAAUGCUCAUUUGUCUUUACCGAUUGGUAAGAUAUCCGAAAUAGCCCACGCCCAAAUAAUAGCAUCUGGAGUAAAAGGAUUAUCGCAACAAAACAUAAGGAAUAAUAACGCAGUGACUCUUGCGCAGGGAGGACAAGCAAUCCAACUCAUUGGAUCUCAAAGGCCGCGACUUAAUAAUAUGCCUCGUCAAGUACAAUCGAAUCAAGUUAAGUCGGCUGUCUUAUCGAAUCAAUUGGUGACGGUUGCUAAGACAGUAACUGCGAAUCAGCUGAUAUUGUCUGGUAACAAACAAGUAUUAGCUCCCAUAAUGGCCGCGACGAAGCCUGUGCUUAUGGCGUCGCAGACGACGCCUUCUUCCCAAGUAGUACCUGUUAAUAAACAAACUCUAUUGACGAAAUCCUUGCACGCUAGGGCUUCUACCGGCCAAUGCAACCAGCAGACGCAGAGUCUCGGAGUGACUACUCUGUCGCAACAACAACUCCAGCAGCUACAACAGUGUCUGGCCGCGCAGCACAAGGUCGCUGUCGCGGCAGGAAGUUCUCAAAGUAGAACUCACAUUGAAGCUCAGAGAAAUUCCACGUCUGCCCCUGGAGAGGAUCCCGCCUGAAUAUGUUCAAAACAAUGAUAAUAUUAACGGUCAUGUUACGACAAAAUAAUUGGAGCCCGCCUAGAAGCAAUGUAACAAGGCAUUUGUACAUUACGUUAAGAUUGAAUUCAACAUUUUACGUUUUUGCAUGCGGAAACAUUAAACAUGGAUUGUCUCUACGCUACGCAGAAUAACAAGAAAGAAUUUCAACUCUUACGGGACUCUGUUCUCUGUAUAUUAAUAGAAGAAACACGAUAUUUUAAAGAGAAAACAGUAUGGUACACAAUACUUAUCGUGAUCAUGUGCAAUAAAAUCGUUUUUGUCACAUGAAUUUCCGCCUUACAAUGUUAUUUUAGAGGAGGUUUCAAUUAUUGUAUAUAUAACUUAUACACAUACGAUACGAUUUGUUUUAUAUUAAAAGUGUAAUAAAUAUUCCAAUUUUUAUUGAUCUUACCCCCUUUUCAUACCGCGCGAUUAGAGAAUCUCACGACUAUAAUCUCGCGAUUAUACGCUGUAUUCUUAACCUACGUUUACUGACAAAAACACCAUCGAUAUUUCAGUAUUUUAUUUUUUGCCUCUUAAUUACAUUCGGUGUUUUGUUUUGUGUUUUUAUAAUGCUUACUUAUACUUCAAUUAACAAAUUUCCACUUUGUGGAUCACGAUAUAAACUUUUCUCCCAAUAUCUGUGUUUGUAUAUAUAAAUAUUGAUAUGUUUAUGCUUUGCUUCUUUAUCAUUCGCACCAUCAUCAAUAUGAUCAAUCGGUAUCGGUUAAUAUUAACUAUAUUUAGAUAUUUUCGUAUGUGCGUGUAUGCACAGUUUUAUUUGCAACAGGUCAUAAAAAAAUACAUAUCGAAUGUAUAAUACCGCGAGAUAUAAAUUUUUGGUAUUUUUAACAUUGUAUAAAUGCAGAUUAUAAAGGAACGCCUCCGCGUGAAACUAGAAAGUUUGGUAAAAAAAAUGUAAAUAUACACUUAUCCUUUUAAUAAUUAACGCAUUAAGUGCCAAGCUUUACUUUGGAGAUAUUUCUUUUUUCAAUUAUCUGUAUUUCAUACGAACAAUUUACCUACAGAAAUAUAUUUAUCUACAUAAAUCGUGUAAGCAAACGCUUCGAACUUUUACAAGUUUGAUGCAAUUAUACACAAUGCAUGCGGUUUCGGGAAGAAUAAAAUUGCGAAAGUAAUAUGUAACGAAAGUAAAGUUAUUCCGUUUAUCGAGUAUCACGCACGUGGCACAUAAUGUGUUAACGUAUAACAUUAUACAUUGUCUACAUAUGUAUAAAUAUCUGACACCUCGUGAAGUAUAAAAAUCUAGAUAACAGUAUUGGAAAAAUAUCAGAAAAAUAAAUAUUUCGUUAAUACUUAUCACAUUAUUGUUAGUAUCUUAAAUUUAUGUUUAUUAAAAUAAGCGUUUCUCAAACUUCCUUUACAAAUCGUCCGGAAUUUAUACGCAACAAAAUAUUUCCUACAUACAUUUCCGACGUAAUCCCCGCUAACUAAUGGUGCUUAGUUAGCUAACCAAAUCUAACUAGUGGUUCUUAGUUGGUUAACUAAUUAAAUUUAACUGAUACUAUUUAGCUACUAUUUAGAUACUAGUUAGAUACUAGUUAGCUAAUUAACGCUAAAUAAUAUUAGUCGGCGAUCAUUUUUAUAGUUCGGUUAAAACAGUAGGAUUGUUUCAAUUGUCGAUUUGUUUAUUAGUAGUAUGGUAUCCCAUAUAACAUCGAUAUAAGCGUUACCAUUUAUAACAACUGUGGUAACCAUCGUUUGUGAAAAGUAAGCAAGACCUUAUGGCCAUUCUUGAAAAAUAAAGCUUGGUAUUUUUAAACCGAUUUUCUCAGAAUGUAUUUUAACGGAGCACAAGAAUCGUUCGUAAAUUGUGAAAUCAGGGAAAAACUGUUUAUAAUCGAGUCAAACUUAGUUAGUAAACCGGAUCAUAACGAAUUAAUCUGUCAUUUGGAAAGUUUAUAUAUACUUUGCGUUUCACAAAUUCAUAGAAAAUAAAAUAGAAGUGUUUGCACUCCCCACGUUUUUAGGAUAGUAUCAUGCAAAAGAUAUAAAUGCUGCUCUACCUUGAUUAUAAUAAUACUAAUUUACCGAAACAAAGACUUGUGUAUAUGUUCAAUACAUUAAUACGCGUGUAAAAAAGAAUGAUGUCAUGUUACUGUACUGGACUGUUACUUCUUAUCCAAGAUUAUCCAAAAAAAGAAGCGGAGUGUGCAUACAUUUCGUUUGUCACUGUAUAUUUUCCGACACACUCAGUAUAACGCUGUAAAGUGGAACGCAAAUAAAGCUAUCCCCUAAGUAUAGUACUUUUGCGACUUAUAAGUAUUUUAAAUAUGUACAUAAAACUUAUUGGUAAAAAAAAAACCAACCGCUACAAAUCUAAACUCUUUCUUAGUCGAUAAUUAUUAAGUUACACAUUUUACAUAACAAAUAAUAUAAAACAUCUUAUUUGAUUUUUAACACUCAGACCCAGUUAUAUGCGAUCACAAAACAUAUUUCCUUCCUCUCUAUCACCUAUUAUAAAUAAUAAUAAAUCUCUGUAUCAACUCACAACACUUUGGGUUCCAAUAUAACAUUAUUAAACUUCUUAAGUUUAAUAUAUUUCAAAAACAAUAAAAUCGAUUUAUAACAAUUAGUUCCGACGAUAGUUGAUCGGAGGAACAUCACAAUUGGGCAAAAAUACAGAGAGAAUUAUCCUAAAACUACUUUUUUUUUUAGUUUUUACAUUAAGACUGUUCUUUAAACGAUAUAUAUGUCGCAGGGAAAUGAUGAAAAUGGAGAUUUCAUUAAAUUCCUAAAGUAGAUGAUCAAAUCAUCGGUGGGGUGGGGGUCGUGAUUUGAUCAUCUACCUUAGAGAUUUGAUCAAAUUUCCAUUUUUAUUAUUUCCCUGCGACAUAUAUAUAUAUAUAUAUAUAUAUAUGUACAUAAGUAUCCUAACUAUACUUCACAACCCAGAUUUGGCAUAUUUUUAUAACUCCGUGGACGACAGCGAAAUUACGCGGUAACAAAGACGUUUAUUAUUACUUCAUAUUUUCUAAAUUGUACAGGGUGUGCGAAAAGGCUACUGCUACAGUUUGAUAGAAAUUUCUUCGUACACUCUGUAUGCAUGGUGUACCACCGGACAUACGGUUAAAUUUUAAAUUUCCAGCCCUUGGUCAUCAAUUCGCUGACGACCUUUCUUUAAUCGAGAAUGAUCGUCAUCUCUUGCCGAAAAGAAUUAAAUCGGAAAUUAAAGAGGAAAUUGCUGGAUUGCGUAUUUCGAAUUUUAAAUAUUGUAUACUUCCGUAAUUAAACUUUCGAUGAAAAUCCAAUAAAGAUUCUUCCGUCCUCUGGCCUCUGAAAUAUAAUAUGGCGAAAAUAAAACUAAUUUCGAGUUAAAUCAUUAACUUAAUCGAGUUAAUUAAUUGCCCAGACACUACAGGUAUUUCGAUAUUCUCGUUGAGGAAAAAUCGACUUCGAACGGAUUCGCAGCAAAAGGUAUAUCCGGUGGUUUUGAGACUAUCUAGUAUAUGCCUUUCGACCAAUAUGUCAGUCUCUUUGUGUGAGAUCCACAAGCUCACGCAAACCAUUGCUAAUGUUAAAACCCCAUUAGCAAACUUGAGUUACCAUACAAUACUGUAUAUACGUCGCAUUACGAAAUAAAUGCACGUGGCAUUACUGGCACAUGUUUAUCUUCACGUAUUGCAUUUGUAUAUGCGCAUCAACGAUUUAUCUUAAUUGUAAUCCGUAGAAACAUAUAUUGGUACGAUUAUUCCUAUAGCACGGAGACUUUUCUGAAUAAAACUCGAGUAUACAGAUAAUUGGCGGAAGUACGUAUAAUCGCUUAAGUUGAUAGUUUGUGACGCAAUUACGGAUUAUUAUUAUUAUUAGAUAUUCGCUUAUUUGAUUCUUUCAUGUAGGUACGUUUAGUUGAAUACGCGCUGGUAAUAGAUGUUUCCCCAAAAGACACCUUUUAGGAAUAUUUCACACGUAACUUGUGUAUCAUCAUCGUGCAAAAAUACAAGUGAUAACAGUAGAGCUAAAAAUAUUGGUUUGAAUUAAGAUAGCGAAUCUUGCGUGAUUCUUUCCCGAUUUUGUAUUGGAUCAUUAUUUUUUUCUUUUUAUUAAAUAAUUUUGACGUGCAAGAAGUUUGAAUGUUAGCUACUUAUUUUGUUAAAAGUUGUUAAAUUCAAGAAUAACACGAGGACCCGGGCCCUCAAUCCAGCGAUCUUUUGUUAUGAAACUUCGUGUUUCUCAGGAUUGAGGGGGUCCAUAAAAUAAAA